AGAGUUGCAACAAAUAAUUAGUGACAGCCGUUCUGAAGUUCAUUCCGGUUAAUCAGACUUUUGGGUCAUGGUGGCUGCAUUGAAGAUUUGUGAAACCAAGAUUGAAUCUGCGACAACUGGAUAUAGUGUGCAUAAAUUAGAUCUGUUUAUCUUGGAAUUCCUAGCAAAUGAAGGUGGUGGUGAGGCACCCCUCGAGGGAUCAAUACCAGAUAUGACAUCUUCAACUGAGCACUAUGUAGCUUUACAGAAAAUCUACCAAGCCAAGGCUGAGGCUGAUUUUCUAGAAUUGACCAAAGGGUUAGGAUUCUUCUAAAGAGAAUUAGUAGAGAUCCUAGUAGCAACUCAAAGGCAACUGUUAUAUGUUUCUGCAAGAAUGCUAGAAAACUCAAAGUAAGUCUGUGGAGUUUUAUAAUGUCAUUUACUUGUAUUCGAUCUGUUUGAUUGUUGGUUUGAUCUUAUUUGAGCUCCUGAAUUUGUUUCUUUCGUUCAAAUUUUGAAGACUGUAAAGAGUUAAUUGGGAUGGGGCUUGGCAAUUGGAUCCAUUUAGAUUCCAAACUACUUUUAUUUUCCCUUCAUCUUCUGUUUUGAAAUUGGUCUUUGUUGUUUGGUUUUUAAAAUGUUGGACGGCCAUUUUGAUUGAGUUCUUGUUGUUAGAUAGUUUCUUUUAAUUCCUCAUGCAGUUUGCAUCUGUUUCGUUACUUUUUCUAGAGCUAUGAAUUAAGUAUAUGUG